AGGCAGCUGCUUCUUGCAGUGGCUGUCGGGAAAGGGGCGGAGUUUCCAUUUUUUUUGCAGGCAGCUGCAGUGAAAAGCUAGACAGCGAAUACGUUGAUCAUAUUUAAAUUGUUUCUAACCAUCAUUUACAAAAUAAAAUAAAAAUAAUAAUUCUCAACAAAAUGUCUGGAAGCGCGGGAGAAUGGUGUCUAAUGGAGAGUGACCCUGGAGUAUUCACUGAACUCAUUAAAGGGUUUGGUUGUAAGGGAUCCCAAGUUGAAGAAAUAUGGAGCAUGGAAGCAGAAAACUUUGAAAAACUGAAACCAGUCCAUGGAUUGAUUUUCCUUUUCAAAUGGCAGCCAGGGGAGGAACCUGCGGGGUCCAUUGUCCAGGAUUCAAGACUUGAUCACCUCUUCUUUGCUAAGCAGGUCAUUAAUAAUGCAUGUGCGACCCAAGCUAUAGUGAGUGUAUUAUUGAACUGCCACCAUUCUGACAUGCAGCUUGGUGAAACAUUGACUGAAUUCAAGGAAUUCUCACAAAGUUUUGAUGCUACCAUGAAAGGCCUGGCACUAAGCAAUUCUGAAGUGAUUCGACAAGUCCACAACAGCUUUGCAAGGCAGCAGAUGUUUGAAUUUGAUACAAAGUCCACUGCAAAAGAUGAAGAUGCUUUUCAUUUUGUGAGCUAUGUUCCAGUUAACAGCAGGUUAUAUGAACUGGAUGGGCUUCGUGAAGGUCCGAUUGACCUGGGUGUCUGUAAUCAAGAUGACUGGAUCAGCACAGUUCGACCAGUUAUAGAGAAAAGAAUACAAAAAUACAGUGAAGGAGAAAUAAGAUUUAACCUGAUGGCAAUUGUCUCAGAUAGAAAGCUGGUUUAUGAACGCAAGAUUGCAGAACUACAGAGUCAGCUCACAGAGGAAGAACCAAUGGACACAGACCACAGUAGCACCCUGUUCAGUUCCAUUCAGUCAGAAAUUGCAAAAUACCAAUUGUUAAUUGAGGAGGAGAAUCAAAAAUUAAAACAAUACAAGAUUGAAAAUGUUAGAAGAAAGCACAACUACCUUCCCUUCAUUAUGGAACUACUGAAGACUUUGGCAGAAUACCAACAAUUAAUACCAUUGGUUGAAAAGGCGAAAGAAAAACAGAAUGUCAAAAAGCCCCAAGAAGCCAAGUAACCAUGUGCUGCUGUUAGCCUCCCCCUUCCUGUAAAGACUCCUUCUACCCAUCGAACAUUUCAAUGCCAUCUGUAAUCUGCAUAGCGUAUUGAAAGCUCAUCCAUACCCACAGUUGCUAAAUUACAAAUGAAGUGUAUGACAUGCAUGCAUGCAGAAAUGUUUAAAUAAACAUGUGUCUAUUUUGUGUUUUCAAAUAUAAAUAGAUGUUUGUA